AGUCAGUCUUCCUGACGUUCCGCUCUCUCCCUGGACAGCCUCACACAAUCUAAUUCCCGCGCUCUACUCUCAGCUUGUGCACGCCUUCUCGUGAGCGCGCACGUUCUGGUUACCGGGGAGACCGAGACGCGCGGCCUUGUAAUGGCGGAGGAGUGGAAUCAGGACACCGGGGAGGUGGUGUACAGGUCCCGGGAUCCGGUGAAGAACCUGAACAUCAGGGUGCUGCUGCAGAGGGUGACUCCGGUCAGUGCCCUGGUCCAGCGGGUACAAGAGGAGGAAGAGGGGGGCAGAGGAGACAUCGCACUGCGGACACUGAGCUCCAACAUCGGCACAGGUGGACAUCUACAUGGUGACAAGGAAGAAAUUGUGAUUUCCUGGCAAGAGAAGCUUUUUAGUGAGUUCGAGUAUGAGCUGUAUAAAAAUGAGGCGGCUUGCCGGACUCCUCUGGAUCGUCAGUAUCACCAAGACAUACUGGCUAUGGAACGCAGUGGUGGACGAAAAAACGGACGUAUCUUUACCUAUACAGACUAUGAUCGAUAUACCAACCUAGAAGAGCACGCUCAGUCAGUAACCACCUCUGAAAAAGAGACCCCCACAUUCUUAGCAGAACGAAUGGCAAACGUCCGGCGACGUCGACAAGACAAAAGACAAUUGGAUGGAGCUGGGAUACGUAAUCGGCUUGUUAUUGUGGAUCCCUCAGAAGAGUUUAUCAAAACUAACCACAUAUUAAAUACGCCAGUACAGACGAUGUACAUCAUGGCAGAUCUCGGUCCCAGGGGAAAACUGGGAUUCAAGGAAAAUGAACAUGUCCUUUGUACAAUACGUGUAGAUGGUAAUGGAGUCAUCACACUGAAGCCUGAUGUCACUGGAACAAAAGGGCCCUACAGGUUGGAAAUUGAGAAUCAGAAGCGCGAGCUAUGGAGAUAUUCUCUGCAUCAUGUUUCGGAGUCUAUCCAGAGGGAGGAACAAGAGCGGGAAGAAGCAGUAUACAAAGAUUUGUAUGGCAGGCAUAAAGAAUAUCUGAACAGUCUUGUGGGCUCUGAUUUUGAAAUGCCGCCAGCUGGUACUCUGAGAGUUUUUAUAAAUGGGGAGAUUGUGUCUGCUCAGGAGUAUGAAUGUGACAAUCUUUAUAUACAUUUCUUCUUAGAGCUGCCUAAACAUUGGUCCAGUCCUGCCUUCCAGGAUCUCUCAGGAGUUACUCAAAGCUGUACAUCUAAAACCUUGGGAUGGGACAAUGUAGCUUAUUUCUGCUAUCCAUUCAGCUUUGAGAUUUUCCUGUCUGAGGAGGUAGAGGCUGAAGAGGUGCCGCAGUGGCCAGUUCUUUACUUUGAAGUCCUCUCUCUGGACUUUUGGCAAAGGUAUCGAGUUGAAGGCUAUGGAUCUGUUGUCCUGCCACAUACUCCAGGAAUGCAUGAGAUUGCUGCACAAACAUGGCGGCCUGUAGAGCUUGGGAUAGUGUCAGAGCUCAGAAGGUUUUUUAUCGGAGGAUCCCCAGAAUUGGAAGAUAUAGCUUAUGUUAGAACACCCGGAACUUUCCAGGGAGAGCGGCUGAGUCGCUUUGGAUUUAGAACAGAGACAACUGGCAAAGUGACAUUUCGAAUUCACUCUAUACACCAGUCAAGGGCCUUCCUUGACAGCAGUUCUCUGAGGAAAAGAAUGCAAAGUGUGUUGGAUCGCCUGGGAGGCUCCAGUCAGCAAAGCUCUAUUCUCAAUGUCCUUGAUGCUUUCCAGAGAGCGCGACGACGAAUGCAGCUGGCUAGAGAGAGCCUUCCGAAGGCCAUUUUGACCACUUCAAAAACAUCUCUUGAGCAGUCAACAGCUUAAAACCACUGUAGCAGUAAUUUUAGCCUACAGACAGACUUUAAAAUUGUGUACAUAUUAUAAAUAUUACAAUUAUUGUUCCUUACAUUUUGCCCAAAAUUUAUAUAAAGAGUUUUUUAUGUA